AUGGCUGCUGACCAACCCCCGGUCCUGAAAGUGCACCAGUUCUUCCCCCUCACCCCGCCGGCCCUUGCCCAGGACCUGACACAUUUUAACAGUGCCGGGAAACAAGGGAACAUCAUCGGUUCGGGCAUUUUCAUCUCCCCCAAGGGGGUCCUGGAGCACUCGGGCUCUGUGGGUCUGGCCCUCUUCGUCUGGGUCCUGGGUGGAGGCGUCACUGCCCUGGGUUCCCUCUGUUACGCGGAGCUGGGAGUCGCCAUCCCCAAGUCUGGCGGGGACUAUGCCUAUGUCACCGAGAUCUUCGGGGGCCUGGCUGGCUUCCUGCUGCUCUGGAGUGCGGUCCUCAUCAUGUACCCAACCAGCCUGGCUGUCAUCUCCAUGACCUUCUCUAACUACGUGCUGCAGCCCGUGUUCCCCAACUGCAUCCCCCCAGCUGCUGCCUCCCGCGCACUCUCUAUGGCCUGCCUGAUGCUCCUGACAUGGGUGAACAGCUCCAGCGUGCGCUGGGCCACACGCAUCCAGGACAUCUUCACCGGUGGGAAGCUGCUGGCCCUGUCCCUCAUCAUUGGCGUGGGCUUCGUCCAGAUCUUCCAAGGACACUUUGAGGAGCUGACACCCAGCAAUGCCUUUGACUUCUGGAUGACACCCUCCGUGGGUCACCUGGCCCUGGCCUUCCUCCAGGGCUCCUUUGCCUUCAGUGGCUGGAACUUCCUCAACUACGUCACUGAGGAGCUGGUUGACCCUCGAAAGAACCUACCUCGUGCCAUUGUCAUCUCCAUCCCGCUGGUGACCUUUGUGUACACCUUCACCAAUGUUGCCUACUUCACCGCCAUGUCCCCCCAGGAGCUGCUGGCCUCGAACGCAGUGGCCGUGACCUUCGGGGAGAAGCUGCUGGGCUACUUUUCUUGGGUCAUGCCCGUCUCCGUGGCACUUUCUACUUUUGGAGGGAUCAAUGGCUACCUGUUCACCUCCUCCAGACUGUGCUUCUCUGGGGCCCGAGAGGGGCACCUGCCCAGCCUGCUGGCCAUGAUCCAUGUCAGACACUGCACACCCAUCCCUGCCCUCCUUGUCUGUUGCGGGGCCACAGCGGUCAUCAUGCUUGUGGGAGACACGUACACGCUCAUCAACUACGUGUCCUUCAUCAACUACCUCUGCUACGGUGUCACCAUCCUGGGCCUUCUCGUUUUGCGCUGGAGGCGGCCAGCGCUCCACAGGCCCAUCAAGGUGAACCUCCUGGUCCCCAUCGCAUACUUGGUUUUCUGGGCAUUCCUGCUGGUCUUCAGCUUCAUCUCGGAGCCCAUGGUGUGUGGAGUCGGCGUCAUCAUCAUCCUCACGGGGGUGCCUGUUUUCUUCCUGGGAGUGUUCUGGAGAAGCAAACCAAAGUGUGUGCACAGACUCACAGAAUCCAUGACACGCUGGGGCCAGGAGCUGUGCUUUGUGGUCUACCCCCAGGGAGCCCCUGAGGAAGAGGAAAAUGGCCCGUGCCAGCCCUCCCCACUGCCCACCAGGGACAAGCCCUUGAAAACGCAAUGA